CUGGGUGUCUCGUCAGCCGAGACUCAACCCCAGGCUGCCGGCGUUGGCAGAGUCCGAGCGGAGGACGAAAGGCAAGAAGACGGCACCAAGAAAAAGAAGACGAAACGUGGCGCUGGAGCGAAAAAACGAGGCACUGGUUUUGAAGAGUACUACUGUGACCCGCCCAUGACGGUGGCCGAGUAUAACGAGGAGAAGGAGGUCAUCUACGCAUCCCACCGCCCGUUCGUUGACCGUAUCGAGGAGUGCAUCCAGCGCUACCGCGCCCGCCGACGCCUGGGCCCGCAGCGCGACACACUGUUCUCCCGGUACCUUGUUUUGGGGGGAAUCGAUACCACCGUGAGACAGUUUCAGGGCACUCGGACCAUCACAGACGAUGUUCUGGAGGACGCAAGCAAAGGAGAGGUUAGAGAGAUGACGGCCGACGAUGUGAUCCAGCGCGGUGGAGACGGGAACUACAACCCUCGCUUCUACAACCCGAACUACCCCGAGCACUGGGAUGUCGAUUUCACUGGCGUUGCAGCGGGUUUUGUGUCCGAGCAUCUCCGUAAGAUGGUUGGCUCCAACACGGCCGACUACUUCAUGGGCGUCGACGUGGUGCUCAACUUUCUCAAGUACGUUGACCGCCACGACGUCUGCCCCGAGUAUGUCGACGACGUCAGGAACGCCCAGCAGGUUUGUCGGCGCGCCCAUGAGGAGGUACCGGCCAUUUCGCACUUGCGGGAGCUGCUCCCCGGUCACUUCAACACUGCACUCCACGUGCUGCAUGUCAAGGGAGCGUAUGACAACUCGUCAGGUCCUGACAGCUGCUGGGGGCAGCCACUUCCCGACCCAAAGUUUGCCAGAAUCAGCACUGCAGCCACAAUCUCGAUCUUGUUGGAAGCCAAUCACUAUCCCACAGAUAUCGAGUGGUGCGUCACCGACACGACCGAGAUGACCUUCGAGGUCCUUACCAUAACGCCCCCCAGCAACGCCUUCCAAGCCAAGUACAAGGCCAUCAACAAGCAUCUCGCUGACUACCCGGACAUCGAGCCGUGCGGCACUAUCACCGUUCGUCCUGUAAUUGUCCGUGAUGGCUGGGACAACUCGAUGACCGCCACCAUCCCGCCUGAGGCGGAUGUGGAGAGCCAGCUCAUCUUGGAAAAGGACGCUCUGGAGCUCAUGGCGGUGGGCAUGAAGCUGACCAUGGCAAUGGGCACCCUGAACGUGGGCCUCAAGUUCAUCCAAUACAUCAAGGAGAUACGGCCAAGCUUCUACGUCUUUCUGCCGCAGGAACUGAUGUUCAACUACAAGGAGCCGGUCCACAACGAUCGGCCGGCGAGGAGCGUUUAUGACGCUGACGAGGAGGAUACGGCUGCGGUUCCGGACGGCGACGGAAUUGUUUAGAGGCAGAGAAGAUCUCGGGGAUGCCGGGGACUGGGGCUUGGGGCCUGGGAGGUGCGCCGGUGAUGGAAGUUGGGGCGUGGGGCGCGC